UCUUCCAUCUUUUAAACAUUAUAUAAUUACUUCAAACCAACAGCUAGUAAUUAAUUAUAAUGGUGGCCACAAUUGCCAUAGAUCUCAAUCUUAAUCCCUUCCAAAUAACUAAUCAUGAUGCAUCAGUUAUGGAAGAAGCUCAAUCUGAUGAAUCUUAUGAAGGCGAGAAUGAAGACGAGGAUGAACCAUCAUUUGAAAAAGAGGUUAAUGAUCAUCCAAAUUCUGGUGGAGAGCAGUUAAGUAAUAAUGAUGAGAUAAGUAGCGAAAACAAGAGGCUGAAGGAGAUGCUGACGACGGUAUGGGACGAGUACAAUUCUCUACAAACUUACAUUAAGGAACGACUACUAAUGCUAGACAAAGAAACGACGUUGUUAGAGCUUAGUAGUCCAAAAAAGAGGAAGUUCGAUAAUCAUAAUAAUGAGACGACAGUAGUUCAUGAUCAAACCUCGUGGAAGAAGAGGCCGGGUCAGGAGCUACCAACGUCUGGAAUCCAUAGAGUUUACGUACAAGUUGAUCCAUCCGAUAAAAGCCUGGUAGUGAAGGAUGGAUAUCAAUGGAGAAAGUAUGGGCAAAAGGUGACCAAAGACAAUCCAUCUCCUAGAGCUUACUACAAGUGCUCUUUUGCUCCCACCUGCCCCGUCAAGAAGAAGGUGCAAAGAAGUGUGGAUAACGAUGGCGUUGUAAUAGCAACUUACGAAGGAGAGCACAACCACAGAAGCACCAAGCAGGAGGCGACGUACGCUCUUUUAGCCAAUCAAUGUAAUAAUUAUACUUCAACAACAUCGCCUGCUAGUGAUGAAAGAUCAAGCAGCAGGUUCAACUCAUCAUCCCCAACAACAACACUAGUCCUGCCAAGUAGUAGUAGUAGUAGUUUCGAUGAGGUUUUGGUUAAACAAAUGGCUACUUAUCUAAGCAAAGACCCUAAUUUCACUUCACAACUUGCUGCUGCAAUUUACUCCAAGGUUUUGGAACAUGAUGAUUUGUUCAGAGCUACUAUAUGUUAAUAAUACAUACAUGGAUAAUUAAUUAGCCUUUCAGUUCUGUUUGCCAUUUGUAUGAUAUAAGGUGUACGUACAUCCAAUAUAUACAGUUUGCAAAAUCACUUGAUGUGAUCGAUUGUGGGCAUCAAGAACAAUUGCUAGCUAGGCAUUGUAGCAACUCGAAAGGGCGAAAGGCAUAUAUGAUACGGCGGACGUUUUAUCAAGGGAUUAAUUACUUUUAUAUAUAUGUAUCUUAUAUACUUUCUAUAGUGUUGUUAAGUUUUCCGGUUAAUUAGUUGGUAGUCGAGCAAGGAUUGUAGAUGUAGUGCGGAUUCGUUUGAUUAAUAACAGGAUUUCCAUUAUCAUGUAA